AUGGAAUAUUGCCAGCAUUGUAUCUAUAUUUAUCAAGCCAAUUCACCAGAUUAAUAGAAAAUAAUCGAUUUUGAAAAAUAUGAGACAAUUAUUUAACAUGAUGAUUAUUAUCUGUUAGUUUUCCCUUAAAAUUUAUAUAUCAGCUUAUAAAGUUUAAUAGAUUCCAUUGUAAGUUAUUAUUUAUUAUUUAGCGUAAUCAAUAUAUUCUAAUCUAUAUAGGAUAAGCUAUAAUCAUUAUUAAUAGAAUUUUAAAACAUUUAAAAAUAUUAUUAGAUGUAAAGAAAUUCAAUCAUGGAAAUUUAAACAAUUAGAAUAUUUUUAUAUUUCUUAGAAGCACUAGUCAAUAAUUUAACAUUAUUUAAUCAAAAAUUGAAAUUGAGAAAAUCCAUUUUAUUAAUUAUUCAAAAUAUUGUCCAUUGAAUAGAAAAAUUGAUAUUUAAAAUAUCAAAAAGGCUAUCUUAGAUUUAUUAUAAAAUUAUGAAAAAAAUAGUGAAAUAAGUAAUUUAAUAACAAAAAUUUCUUAAAAAGAAUCUAUUAUCGAUUUUAUUGAAAUAAUUCAAAAAUUCUAAGCUGAGUAAUUAUUAUUUUAAAUAUUAUUUAGAAAUGUUGAUGUCGAUAAAUAAUAACUCAUGUUUGAUGAUUUAAAAACUAAAUAAAGAAGACAUAAACUUCAUAAAUUAAAAGAUUAUCAUCAUUAAUUUUAUUAAUUUUGGAAGAUUGAUCCUUUCUACGAUUAUAAGGAUAAGAAUUAAAAUUAAAUUAUUGAAAUGAUGAAGAAUCUAUUGUUAAUAGAUUAACUUAAAAAUUUUUAAUCCUCAGUUAGAAUUUUAUUAGAGAAUCUAGAAGAUCCUCUUGAAUAAAUUCGUUUGUGUUCAUAGAAAUACAAUAAGCGCUUGGGUGAAUGUAUGGAAAAGAUAUAAAUUAGAGUUGAGAAUUAAUAUUAGAAAAUGUUAUAAUAACAAAAAAAAGUUAAAUAAAAUUUUAACUUACAAGUUUAAAUCAUAUCAUAAAGUAAAAUUGCUUCCAUAUUCUACUCUUUGUUAUAUAAGAAUGUAUUAAGAACAGCAAGUUUCGAACUGAAUAGAUUAUUUGAGACGGCUGAGUAGGUGGAAAAAGAAUUAAUAAAAGAAUUAGAAAAUUAUUUGAAUUUGGAGAUAAAGAUUGCAAUUUUGAGUGUUAUUUCAGAAGAUUUUACAUGA